AUGGCGGCACUUCAAAAUCUCCAGCGCACGACCACAACCCACAUUUUCGAUGUUGCUACCGGUCUCCGGCGCCGGCGGAUCCUGGCCACGCUGCUCUUCAUGUCGGAAGGAUGCCAGAGAAGGCAGUCCCACGAUCACGGCGGAGGAGGCUCUGGGGUUCUCGUCCGCUGCCGGAAGGCGUCCUGCUGGCGGAUAUUCCGGCGUCGGUGGCCGGCGGGCAGGGCCGAGAAGAAACUGCUGAGAGAGGCGUUCGCGGACGAGCUUACGAUGCGAGACACGGUCAAGCCGGUUCUGAUCCUUACACGACCUCGAGUCCCACGCACCCUUUGUGUUCCUCACGCGGACGCACUCGAGAUGGACGGCUAUGAUUUCAAGCUGAGGGACGUGCGCCGCGACGAUGGCAGAGAGGCCGUUGGAGCUAAGGUCAGCGACGGGAGGACGAGAAUAGUGGCAAUCAAUGGGCGGGUGGCGAUGAACAAUCUGACGGCCGCGGCCAUCACGCACGUGUUGAAUAAUAAGCAGGAGUUCCUGUUUUGUAACGGCCCGGAGGACUUGCUGGUGCUCUCCCUGGGGAAUGGCGGUCGGAUUUUGAAGACCCGAGCUGGUCAGGGCUCGCUCGGAUCACUGAAGAUGGAGCUUCGCCGGUACGUUUUCAUUCGUGUUCGAUUUUGUUCCUUCUUGAUUUAUUCAUAA